GCAGCUUCGUCGGCUCCGGCCAAUACUGGACCAGCGAUUGCAGCGCCCGCAUCGGCGCCGGCAAUGGCACCUGCAUCGGUACCAGCAGCUACGGCACCCGCCAUGACGGCUCCUGCGACCUUGGGGACUGGAGUGGUCCAGACACCUUUGACGCCGGCUGUGGCACCAAAGCUGAUGCCUACUUCUUUGGCACCUUCGCAUGCCGCUCCGGGAGGAUUUCCGCCGAUGCCGCAUUUUCCUCCGGGUUUUUCGACGGCAGGGUAUUCAGUGCCAAGUUCCCCUUGCAGCAGUGGGUGCGCCAGCGGCAGCGUUGGACCACCACAACCAUCCUAUAA